UUAACCUUGUGAAGUGGUAUAGAAUAAAUGGUAAAGAAUAUUUUAUAAGCCAAUGGGGUAAUUCAUUGCAAAAACUUUAACCUAUUUACCUAGUGCAAAAUAUUUUCUAUUAAAUUAAAUUUUUGAUAAAUUCAAAUAUUCGUAUUCUUAAAUUGAAAGAAAAUAAUUUCAAAUGAUCCUUUAGUCGGCAUUACCUAAGGGCAUUUAGCAGUGCAGUUAGCUAUGAUUAAAAAUCAGACAGACAUCCGAGGCUGCAACGUCACUGAUCACGAGAAUCUUUCUAUAGCGGCGACUGCCUGCCAGAAUCAGUUACCUUUUGGGAUGCACUGCGACUGCAGAUACCAAGACACAGAUACCUGAAUACAGAUGCAUUUAACAGAUACAGAUAGGGAUACAGAUACAAGUGUAAGAGGAGGCGGAUGCGGAUGCGGGGUGAGUGCAAUCAGCGUGAGGGCAGUGUUUGGCUGCGAUUUGCGAUUUCGCUCCGCUUUCGAUUCGAUCCCAUUCCCAUUCCCCAGUCCCAUUUCCCAUCCUCAUCGCAUCCCAGCCCAUCGGAUCCGAUUUUGCCUUAUCAAUCAGAGUGGAUUCGCUUUGCUGAAUGCCAAAAACACAACAAAAAGAUCGUUUGGUAGUCAGUGCAUGCCCGACACCGUGACGCUGCAGACGUGGUGCAGUUCGAGUUUUUCGGAGUGGUUUUCCGGAGUCAGUCUCCGGUGGGGCGUGGCGUGGCUUGGGCUUGCACCUGAUCAAAAAUCAAAGGUAAUGCACGUGCAAUGAUCUCGGA